UCCUGCCCUUCCAGCCUCCCUGCCAAACUACCCCCGGGGCUGGAGCUCUCCCGCAGCGGCGUCCUCCUCCUCCUCCCUGCGCCAUGGCCACGGCCUUUGCCUCCAAAGCCAGCCAGACCCUGAUGACCCCGGAGCCUCACUACCUCCCGGGCUACAGAGGACACUGUCCCCACUACAAGUUCACCCUGGGCCAGACCUACGGGAAGCUGACCUCACAGUUGCUCACCUGCCCAGAGUGGGCACGCUCCGGCCAGACCCUUCUGCAGCCCAACUGCUGCGCCCACGCCCAAGGCGACCCCCUGGAGGAGUGCUGUGAGGCAAAGACCGGCCUGUUCGCUUGCCGCACAAUCCCAGGAUAUACAGGGUUCAUCCCCCGGGCACAGAACUAUUAUGCCAAGACCUACUGCAAGAUCUGCAAGGAGGCUGGGCAUGAGUUUGCCAGGCAGCUGGCGAGGGGCACUGGCGGGAUGCAGGUGUGGCAGCACGUGGCAGCAUCUCCUAAGGACGCGGAGCCAGAAUCUGAACUCCCCCCUGCCAAGAAGAUGCCUCGGUUGGCAGCUUCAUCUAAAGCUUCUGCCACAGGACAGCCGCGCUGGGUUCCCAAGCCACACGGAGUGCCUGCUGCCGCUGGGAACGAUGGUGCACCCCAGAAAUACUUCGUUCCAGGCUUCACGGGUUUUGUCCCCCGUGCUCGGUAUUUGAUCGGGGCCAGCUACCCAACCCUCACCCGUCGUGCAUGGGAGGAGUUUGGCCGGAUGCUUCAGAAGCAACAGCGCCAGGCUCCUCCGGGCAGCGGCACUCCGAGGAAGAGGGAGGGUCCAGCCUUCCCACCCCUGGCGAAGACCUACCCCACGGACAAGGGCCUCCUGCCCCACUACAAGGGCUAUGUACCAGGUUACAAGUUCCGGUUUGGCCACACCUACGGCCACCUUACCUACGACGCCCUGGGCCGGAGCUGGGUGGAGAAACUGGCGUCAGAUCGCCUGCCAUAGAAGGCUGCCUCCCCGGCCUCAUCUCCAGAUCUCACCUCCCCACCGUGCCAAAAAUCGGGCUCCUCUGUGUGUUUGGGGUCAACCCCCACAGUGCCCUCCCAGGCCAAGGACAGGCAUGAGGAAAGGAGAGGCUGCUGGACAGCAGUCGGGCCUUUGUGACUGGGCUGGGACCAGUUCCUUGCGAGCUCUGAGCAACUCGAACCACCCCCGGGCUCAUGGAGGGAUUGGAAAGGACACCAGCAAGCUUCUCCCAGAGACAACGGGGAGCGGCUUCCAGUCGGAGCAACCUGCCGGUUCCUUAUCAGGUAGCUUUGUAAGGACAGUGGGGUGGGGAAAGGGCACACGGUAGUCAGGAUCAGAAGACAGCAGUAGGGAGGUUGCCCGCAAGGGUGUUGUCAACAAAAAAAUAGGAAGCAUUUGCCUCUUAAGGGCUGGCACCCCCCCCACCCCAGAAUCCCCGCCCCCUCCAGCCUCGGCAGGAAAGGGAGUCAUUUGGUCCUGGCCAGGAUAGCAGCUGACCCCUCACCUGAGGUUGCUGGAUACAGACCAGUCAGGGAAAGGUUAUGGGCCCCAGAAGCCGCCGCCUGGCUGUCCCGGAACAGUCCAAAGUGGGUCUCGUCUCCUCCACCAUCCCCACAAAGGCCUGGAUUAGCCCCAGGGCAUCUUCGAGAGCCGCUCUCUCCUCCCCGCCCCCCACACUGUUCUGAUAGGUCAGCUGGAGGACUCUGGACUGGACUCCAGAACGGUCAGAUGGCCAGGAAACUGGCUGGACGGCCACACCCAAAGAGUUGUCAACGGCAUCAUGUCUGAGUGGAGGGAGGUGCCCAGUGGAGCGCCACAGAACUCGCUUUGGGGCCCAAUGCCAUUCAAUAUUUUCAUAAACGAUCUGGGUGAGGAUAUGAAGGGAUUCCUCAUUAAAUUUGCGGAUGACACCAAACUGGGAGGAGCAGCAAACACCCUUGAAAACAGGGAUAGAAAUGAACGCAAGCUGAACACACUGGAAAAAUGGGGGGAUUUGAAUAAAAUGUGAUUCAACAUG